ACACACAGUCAGUGUAAUGCCCUAGUCUUUACCCACCUCAACAUAAAUAACGUACAGUAUUCACACACGUGUACAUGAUGAACCUUUUGUUGACAUAAAUGUACAACAAAUAAUAUUGAAAUGUGGUGGACCUCUGACCUACGACCUCUCCAAGUUGUGCGAUCACAUUGCAUUUGUACUACACAGGGAUCGCAACUGUGAUUCAUAGAUCUUGGUAAAGCUGCUGUGUGCUGGAGGGUAAAUCAAGUGCACAGCAGGGCACAGUGACGCAGGUCUGUGGUCCAGAAUAGCGGGGGAGGCACGCUUGUUUUAAUAAUCAGCUGCAGGAACGUUUGGCUUCGUCAGAGUGGAUAAUAACAUGGCUGAUAAUUCUUUUCUUCUCUUUUAUUUCAAACAUUUUGUGACCCUUUUGCGUCUUCAUUUUUUGUUCCUCUCCAAUCUGUAGGGCUACGUCCAACAACAAGGUGAAAGAGAUGGUUCUGCUGGAGUUGAGCUACGUUAACUCCAACCUGCAGCUGCUGAUGGGACAGCUGGAGGGACUCAACAGCUCAGUGGAGGUGUACCAGGACACCCAGGAAACAGCCAACAUCCCCCUCAUUGCUCUGGGUCUGAAGGAGACAAUAGACUUUGAUUUCUCCACUACAUUCAAGGACUUCAUCUUGGAGCACUACAGUGAAGACGGGAACAGUUUUGAAGAAGAGAUUGCUGACCUGAUGGACCUGCGACAGGCCUGCAGGACGCCAAGUCGAGACGAGGCCGGGGUGGAACUGCUGGCAAAAUACUCCAGCCAUCUCCCUCUGAUGGAAAGCCGAUUCUUCCCCCCAACCCGCCAGACUGGCAUGUUCUUCACCUGGUACGACUCCUUCACAGGAGUGCCGGUGUGCCAACAGAACAUGUCCCUGGAGAAGGCCAGCAUCCUCUUCAACAUGGCCGCCCUCUACUCUCAGAUCGGUACCCGUAGUAACCGACAGACGAUAGCCGGCCUGGAGGAGGCCAUCUCUUCCUUCCAGAAAAGUGCAGGAAUCCUGAACCACCUGAAGGAGACAUUCACCCACACUCCCAGCUACGACAUGAGCCCAGCCAUGCUCAGUAUGUUGAUCCGGAUGAUGCUUGCUCAGGCUCAGGAGUGCCUGUUUGAGAAGACUGCGCUGCCUGGAAUCCGAAACCAGUUCUAUUCCCUCAUGAAAAUGGCCCAGGAGGCUGCAAAGGUGUCAGAAAUCUACGACCAUGUCCACCAGUCCAUGAUCCAGACGCCACUCAAAGACAAUGUCCCAUUCUUCUGGUCCACCAUGUCGCAAGUCAAAACCAACCACUACCGCUCCAUGGCACACUACUUUGUAGCCUCAGCACUCCUGGACCACCAGUUGGGUCUCAGUGACGAUGAGGACCAGCAGGAGAAGACGUUGUCGCAGGUCUAUGAUCGCCUUCCUGAGGGAUGCUCUCCUCUUGACAUCCUGAAAAAGAAAGAUGAACGCGAACGCAUCGGUAAAGCACACAUUCGUCGGGCCAUACUGGGUCACGAGGAGGCUCUACGGAUCUAUAGUUUGUGCCAUCACUUGAACAAGCUGGAGGUCCUGCAGGACAUUUUGAGAGCCAGUCACCAGCGCUCGCUCAACAAGUGCAGCGAAAGUGAAGACGAGGAGGAGUUCACUGACUACACAGAGGCCCCAGACAUCGUCUCUAAAACAGAGCACAAAGCAGAGAUGGAGGUUCCCGCAACCACAAAGGUGAAAGUCACAGACUUCUUCCAGAGGCUGGGCCCUCUGUCAGUCUUCUCAGCCAGGCAGCGGUGGACAGCCCCACGGACAAUAAAACUUCUCCCAAAAGACAAAGACCUGGGCUUCACCCUGAAAGGAGAAUCACCCGUCCAUGUGGUUUCGUUGGACCCCCUCUGCCCAGCUGCUGCUGACGGUCUAAAAGAGGGGGACUACAUUGUUGCUGUGGGCGACACAGAUUGCAAAUGGAUGAGCGUGAGCGAUGUGAUGCGGCUGCUGAAGGAUGUGAACGAGGCGGGGAUGUACAUCCAGGUGGUCAGCAUAAUGGACAGCAACCCUCAGAUGCCAACCAAGAGUGCCACCUUCUGCGGAAACCUGCCUAAGACCUACUCCAUGAUUUGUCUGGCCUAUGAUGAUGACGACAAGAAGUCCCGCAAAGUAUCCAAGAAGUCAUCCUUCCUCAACUUUGGUCUGAAGAACCGGCUUAAGAGCGCCAGCACCCUCAGCCUUCCCACGUCAGCUGAACACUCCGGUUCCCUUCCCUGGAAUAAGCCUUGUCCCACGUUCCCCAGCUCCAGCUCCUACAACAACGACAGUGCCCUCUACUGAGCUGGCUGCAGACUUUCUACCGUCUGCAAGCAUCGCGCAGUAUGCGUAUUAGGCCAAGUAUGGCUAUAUAUAGUGCUGUGUUGUACCCAUACUGUAGCUGCUAUGAUACGCUACCAGUUCCCUUUGGUGUUUCCACUGGAAUACUGAGCAGUAGUCUAUGUAGCUUGUAUGUCACCAGUGUAAUGAUGACAUUUCUGCCAGCUACCUUGGAAAUUGGCUGUGCCAAAUACUCUCUAUAGGUGCCAUUGUUGGUACAUGGGAAACGCUCCGGACGAAUUGAGGGACUCAAAAACAAAGUUGUACAAACACACCCAGCGUCGGUUUCAACUUGGCGGCAAGGGGGUCAAUUUCUAUUCUCUGUGCAUCGUCAAUACAGGUCGUGUUUCAUACGGUAUAUGUGUAGGAUUAGGUCAUUGCCACGAUAUUUGUUGAAAUCAGUGGAUACUGAUCGGUUUUGGGGUUUGAAAUACUUACAUUUUCUAAAUAGAUAUGUAGAUAUUUGAACCUUGAAAUGUUAAAACGGUGACUGAGGGGAAAAACAAAUUGUGCUGUGCAGUUGUUUUUGUCUGGGGAGAGUUGAUGAAUGAAAGUUCUUAUAAGCUGCUGAAGAAACAAAAUCGCAUGCAUACCUUGUAUUAUUGUCAGUUUUGCAUUUUCGAGACAGCCUUUGAGGAAUAUUGUUUCUGCUGAGUGCCAUGCCUGGGACGCAAUGUAAAUGGAAUCAUUGGUAUCUUAAGUUUGCUUAAUGUGCCAGUUAUGCCACAGACCAAAAUGCCUCCACAUCCGCGAUGUGCCAGGAUGUGCCAUUUGCCACUCCUGACUCCUCUUACCCAGUUCUGGCCCUCUUUGAUCAGUGCUGCUGCCGUCUGGCACUUUGUCCAUUUGUAAGAAAGCGUGAGCUGCGUGUCUCUAUGUUAAUGUGAAUCUUGAUGUAGUUAAAAGGUUAAUUUGUCUCCAGAAGGGAAGAAUGUGGGCAGGCCGAUGACAUUCCUGCAUCGUACUUUGAAAGCCGGUCACCCAACAGCGACUUUGAUCAAAGCCCACAUUCAGGUUUCUGCUAUUUGCGUCUACCUGUCAUAUCCCACAUUUUACUGACACUUUGCAGUGUUGGACUAUCUCUUUAUCUACAAAGUAGAUUCUUAUACACAUUUGAUAAUCAAAUUAUUUAUGUAAUACAAAAAUACACACAAAAAAUAUUUUAUAUGUAUAUAUAUGCCUGUAUUUGUAGGUUUCAGAAUUAGUUUGUGAAUGGUCAAGUUGUGAAUUUUUGCACGUUGGAUUUCUUGGUUGGUUUCUUGGAGGAAUGUAUUUUACUAGCCUUGCUUAAUCCUUUGAACUAUAUAUACUGGUACAUUUUGUCAAUGGAAAGCUAUUUUAAAAUGUAAAUGUUUUUAAACUGUAACACUGAGAAGAUGUAGAACUCUUAACUGUCUCUAUUUACCUAAUGUGGUGUCUUAAGUGCCAUUUAUGCUCAUACUCAUGAAGGAAAAUGUCACAAUAAGUCUGUAACAAGAAAGUGCAGUAAUUAAUUGAUAGAAGUGCUUACAGGGGAUUUUACAUGCAUAGGGAUCCUAAACGCCUUGGUCUAUGCAGAGGGUGAUGGUACCUGUUCUUCUGAAGGUUUCAGGUUGUCUUCGCUUCGCUCCCUGAACUUUGUACUGCAUUCACAACUGUGGUGUGAAUGCCUUGUCUGUAAGUCUUUGUGUCGUAUGUAUAAACUCAAAUCUCAAUAAAAGAAGGGGAUAAAACAGA